AUGUCGCCCACGACGUUAUCGUCGGUCGCGAGCUUCAGUGUAAUUGCACUCGCUGCGUACUGUCUCUUCCGUUCCUUUUGGGAAAAUAGGCGUACCCGUUUGCUUCCAUUUCCACCUGGACCACGGUUUAUCCCUCUGCUUGGAAAUGUGCAUCAGCUGCCCGUAGAUUUCCCGUACUUGCAGUUCAGGAAAUGGGGACAAAUGUUUGGUGAUGUCUUUUUCCUGAAGGUGUUUCGACGACCUACUCUGGUGAUCAACUCUGUUCACGUCGCGAAGGAGCUGCUUGCGCAUCGGGGGGCAAAAUACUCUGACAGGUUUCCAUCCCACCUUAUCACAGUUAUGGGUCUUGAGGUUUCCACGCCUUUCAUCGGGUAUGGCGACACAUGGCGUCGGCAUCGUAAACUAAUGCAAGUAGGCUUCGGCGAUCAAGGCGCGCUAGCUCGCCUUCGCCCUGUUCAGCAGCGGGAGAUAGUUGGCCUACUGUCUCGCCUGUCACAAGAUCCGGAUGCUUUUGACAGUCACAUCAAGCACUUUGCCACAGCAUUGACCGUGAGCGUUGCUUACGGAAAAACGGAGGAUGAGACCAUCUUCAGAUACGCAGAGACCAUUCUGCACACCGUUGUCACAGUAUUAGCAGCCCGAACUGCUGUGCUGCUGGAUUUGCUUCCGUUCUCAAAGUAUGUGCCCUCAUGGGUGCUCUGCGGCCUCUUUAGCGCGGGACUUCUGAAGACACGGCCGUUGGUGAUUCAUUUCAUGGAUUCAGCGUAUGAAGAUGCCCGGACGGCCGCGGCACUUGGGAAAGACAAGGCAUCGUUCGUUGCAAUUGCCACAGAGGCGCAAACAUUGAAGUCAGAUACCAACUCGGACAGUGAUAUCAAGAAUGCCCUCCUGUCCGGAUUUCCGACGAAAAUCACUGUGCAGUUUCUCAUAACACUAAACACAUUUCUCGUCCAAAUGGUGGCUCAUCAAGACGUGUAUGCGAAGGCACAGCGGAGCAUCGAUGAGGUUGUAGGCAAAGAAAGACUUCCUGACCUCAGCGACAGGGAUUCAUUGCCAUAUGUGGACGCGAUUCUCAAGGAAGUCUAUCGGUUGGUAAUCAACCCGCCGCUGCCUAUGAGCAUUCCACGACGUCUCAUGGACGACGACGAGUAUCGCGGAUAUCACAUUCCGAAAGGAACAUCGGUCAUAGCUAACAUUUGGCAAAUGGGGCGUGAUAGUAGAUACUACAAGGAUCCGGACACGUUCAACCCGGACCGAUUCAUCGACCCCACGCCCGGGUUUCUUGUAGAGCCUGAUCCGCGUGGAUACGUAUUCUCGUUCGGACGACGAAUGUGUCCUGGACAACGCUUCGGUGACGAUACCAUUUGGUGGACGAUAGCGAGUAUCAUCGCCACUUUCAAUGUGAAGAAGGCUCUGGACGCAGAUGGCAAAGAGAUAACGCCUUCUCUGACCGUCUUACCGGGCUUGACCAGCCACGUUCAACAAUUCCCGUGCUCAAUCCAACCUCGCGCCCAACAGGCUCUUGAAUUGAUCGCAGAGACUGCGAUCCGUUUACUAGAGUAGUUCUAACUUCUGUUGGAGUCGCGGCUGCACAAUGUGUAGGUACUCGCGUUGGCCAGUGAACCAGCGUCCCCCAGCAUACGCAGGCCCACUCCAGGGCAUAUUUGCAAUGAUAUCAGAACCGAGACAUGACUACUCUGC